AGUCUAGGCUUGGGGCAACAAUGUAGCAGACUCCACCUAAGUCCCUUUGGCCCUGUGUGAUGUAAACAGUCUAGAACUUCAAGCCUCCUAAGCUUCCAGCCAGUUUAUUUUCAACCAAAGCCAUCUCACCUGGGAGCAAACCCUCCCUGACCAUGCUUGACCCCAAAGUCCUCGAAGUCCCCGCUGUGAUAUUUGAUAAUGGCUCUGGACUGUGCAAGGCGGGCAUUGCUGGGGAUAAUGUCCCCCGGUCAGUCAUCACCGCCAUCGUCGGCCGCUCCAAAGCCAAAGCCACUAUGUUGGGAGCUGGACAGAAGGAGUAUUAUGUCGGAGAAGAGGCGCAGUCCAAGCGAGGGGUGCUGUCCCUGAACUAUCCCAUCGAUCAUGGCAUCGUGACUUCCUGGGAUGACAUGGAACAUAUCUGGAGGCACGUCUAUGAGUGUGAGCUGAGAAUCCAGGCCAAUGAGCACCCGGUUCUGCUGACAGAGGCUCCACUCAACCCUCUGCAGAACAGAGAAAAGAUGACAGAGAUUAUGUUUGAAAGCUUUAAGGUGCCCGCCAUGUACGUGGCUGUCCAAGCCACACUGGCCCUCUACGCCUCGGCCCGGACCACAGGAAUAGUCAUGGACAGUGGAGAUGGGGUCACCCACACCGUACCCAUCUACGAGGGUUACUGCUUGCCCCACGCGGUUUCCCGACUCGAUGUUGCAGGCCGGGAUAUCACCGAGUACCUCAUGAGACUUCUGUUGGAAAGCGGACAUUCCUUUGUGAGCACUGCCGAGAGAGAGAUAGUGAAAGACAUUAAGGAGAGACUGUGCUAUGUGACCUUUGACCCCAUUCAGGCCAUGAAAAUUAAGUCAGAAGAAAUCCUCAAAGAGUAUAAGUUGCCGGAUGGGAAUAUUAUCAAGAUCGGCAACCAGCUCUUCCGAGCCCCUGAGACCCUGUUUAUGCCAUCAAACAUUGGCAUUGAAGCCCCUGGGGUCCACAAGAUGCUCUUUAACAGUAUUCGAAAAUGUGACAUUGACGUUCGGAAAAACCUUUAUAGCAAUAUCUUACUUUCUGGAGGUUCCACACUCUUCCACGGUCUGGAUGAGCGGAUUCUGAAAGAGAUCCAGCUCCAGGCUCCUGGGGGAAUCUCAGUCAGAAUCAUUGCCCCGCCAGAACGGAAGUAUUGUGUGUGGAUCGGAGCUUCCAUCCUUACCUCCCUCACAUCUUUCAAACAUAUGUGGAUCACUACUUCGGAUUACAAGGAGUUUGGCCCCACCAUGGUUCACCGAAAAUGUUUCUAAUAAGAGUGAGAGACUCCUCCCCACCCCUACCCUCCCCACACACAUACGAGUGGAGUCUCAAGAGAUCAGAGGGGUCUGUGUCAGGAAGUUGCGGACCAGUGAACUACCUGCAUGCCGCCCGUCGCCGUUGGUGUUUGAAGUAGCUGGACAAAGUUUAAAGAAAAAUAAAGAUUUGAAACCAACCAG